AAAUCUUUAAUCUUUCUUCUGUUUUUCAAAAACAUUCAUACUAAGAUCUUCGAUUCCACCCUCUGAAUACGAUCAAGUGCUUUACAUUUAUGAUGUUUGCUCGGUUAUUAUUCGUCUCAAGCUCCAUUGGGAAAGUGAAAAAAUAAGUAGCUUUUGCCGUUUGCUUUCUGGGUUUUGAUUACAAAAAAUGGGGAUGAAGCACAAACCCAUUCCCUCUGGUGUUUCUUCUAGAUGGGUUCUCGUUUUGUGCAUUGCCAGUUUCUGCUUCGGUAUCAUCGUUGUUAACAGAUUUUGGGUUUUGGAGGACUCGUCAGACCAAACAAAUGAGACUACUUUGUCAAGGAAACAAUAUGACAACAAAGAACUUCCAAUCCCUGUCAAAUGCAGCGAGAAGAAGAAGGACCAUUUGCUGGAUGGAAGGGACAUUCUCACACAAGUUUCUCAAACACAUGAGGCAAUUAUUAUUUCUAACAAGAUCCAUGUAUGGAUUUUUUUUACAAACAUUAGGACUCUGGACAAAACUAUUUCUUCAUUGGAGAUGCAGCUUGCUGCAGCCAGGGCUGCUCCCAAAGAUGAUGUUGAUGAGGAGGGAUCCAAACUGUUCAGUAAUCGACCAAAAGUUUUUCUUGUCAUGGGAAUUAUGACCGCGUUUAGCAGCAGAAAACGCAGGGAUUCAAUCAGAGAAACUUGGAUGCCUCAAGGAGAUGAACUGAUGAAGUUGGAGAAAGAAAAGGGCAUCAUCAUAAGAUUUGUUAUAGGACAUAGCGCAAGCCCUGGCGGCGUUCUUGAUCGUGCUAUUGAAGCAGAAGUAAAACAACAUCAAGAUUUCCUGCCACUGAACCAUAUUGAAGGUUACCACGAAUUAUCGUCAAAAACCCAAAUUUACUUUUCAACAGCAUCUUCACAAUGGGACGCGGAUUUCUAUGUGAAAGUUGACGAUGAUGUGCACGUUAACCUAGGUAUGGUUGGAUCCACUUUGGCUCGUCAUCGGUCAAAACCUCGUGUUUAUAUCGGUUGCAUGAAAUCUGGACCUGUCCUUUCACAGAAAGGGGUGAAAUACCAUGAACCAGAAUAUUGGAAAUUUGGGGAGGAUGGGAACAAGUAUUUUAGGCAUGCCACUGGACAGAUAUACGCUAUUUCGAAGGACUUAGCCACCUAUAUCUCGGUUAACAAAAACUUGCUUCAUAAGUAUGCAAACGAGGAUGUCUCUCUCGGUUCUUGGUUCAUCGGUCUAGAUGUUGAGCAUAUUGAUGAUCGAAGUCUUUGUUGUGGUUCACCACCUGAUUGUGAAUGGAAAACACAAGCUGGGAAUCCCUGUGCAGCGACAUUUGAUUGGAGUUGUAGCGGUAUAUGCAAAUCAGUGGAGAGAAUGAUGGAAGUUCAUCAACGAUGUGGGGAAGGCGAUGGAGCGAUCUGGCACACCAGUUUCUGAUACCGAUAAAUAAAAGAUCAUAUAGAGUACAUACCUAUCGAUCAAUAUGAGCAUUGUGUAGUUCAUCAACUGCUCAACUUUUUGUUUUUUUAUCUGUAGGACAGUUGGUGCCAUUUUGUUCAAUGGACAAGAAAUGAGAUAGAAAUGAACAUGAACACUUUGGUUUUCGAUUGAUAUUAGAUUAUUUUAUC